GUAUGGCCAUCAGGACAAUUCAAAGGUCCGUCGGAAGUUGGAGCUGGAAGCCACUGUGGCCCGCCUGCGUGCAGAGAGCCAAAAGCUAGACCAGAGCCUGGAGCUGAUGGAUCAAGAGACUGAGGCUCAGGACAUGACUAUAGCACAGACACUGCAGAGCCUGAAAGAAACCCAGCAUCGAACGCUUCUCCUCCAGGCCAAAGGCAGGGCUGUGCAAAGGCAGCAGUGUGGGCUGCAAGGUCCCAUGAAGAGGCUACAGAAUCAGCUCAGUCACCUGCAGGACAUGCAAAGGAAAGCCAAAGUGGACGUAGCCUUUGGACCUCCUGUGUCAGCAGCACCAGCACUAGAGCCUGGGGUGUUGUGUGAUGUCCAGACAGCCUGCUCCCUCCGGACCCAGUUCUUCCAGAACCUUCUCAUUCCCCAGGCCAGGGGAGGCAGCAUCCUCCCUCAGGAUGAUGACCACUUCAGAAGUUCCCAUCAGCAGUGGCUGAGCUCAGUUGAGACCCUGCUGACAAACCACCCUGCAGGCCACAUCCUGGCUGCCUUGAAGUACCUGGCUGCAGAGCGGGAGAAAGAGAUCUGGUCCCUGUGUAGUGGGGAUGGGCUCAAAGAAGAGGCGCCGUCCAGCCCCCAGGCGCCAGAGCCAUCAAGCUCCCGCCAGGCCCUGCCACCCGUUGUUCAUCUCAUCCAGGAGGGCUGGCAGGCCAUAGGUGCACUAUAUACCGAGAGGAAUGUCCUCCUGGAGGAGCAUCAAGCCCUGACUGGCCGCCUCCAGAGCCUGGUGGAGGAGGUGGUGGGAAGACAUGCUCCGGGGUCCAGUGAGAGGAAAGCACUGCUGCUGGGGCUUAAGUGCAGUGGCCGGAAGGCAGAGCUCACGUCUCUUCGUGCCCAGUGCCAGGAACUGAAGAAUGCGGUUGGGUCCCGGAAACUUCUGCUUCGAGAGCUGCAGGCCAAGCAGCAGCAGAUCUUGCGGUCAAAUCAGCUGGUGGAGGAGACCCAGGAACGGAUCCGCCUGCUCAUCAAGGAUAACUCGGUCAGCAAGACCCGCCUGAGCCAGGGCCCAGAGGAGGUGCUGGCUCUGAUGCAGCAGAAGGUCGUUCCCACCUCAGAGGCGGUGGCACCCCAGAGCCAGGAACUGCUCCACUGCUUAAAGAAAGAAGCCCAACACCUUCCCCACAUUCAGCUGGGCCCCCUGCUGAGGUACCAUGCCAAAGGUCUGAAGCCGCUAUCCAAGAGCCUACCGUCCAUCCAGCAGCUGCACCCCGCUACCCCAAGGAGUUGCAGCCACAUCUUGCUGAGCCAUACGCUGGGGCUGCCUGUAGGGAAAGCACCCGAGCUACUACUUCCAAAGGCUGCCUCUCUCCGCCAAGAUCUUCUGUUUCUCCAAGACCAGCGGGAUCUCCAAAGAGGAAAUCUUCACGUGAAGACCAGUCUGCCUCUGGGACCAUCCACCCAGGAGCUGCUGCAGAUCAAGGCGUCCCAAGAAAAGGAGCAGAAGGAGGACAUGGGGCAGACCCUGAAGAAACUGGAGGACCUGGUGACACAGUCGCUGGAGCAGAUCCCCAAGCUGCAGUGGCGUGGGGACUGGUGGGAGCAGCCAGGCCAAGCCACCCUCUCUGGGGAGCCCUGCCAGGGCCUGUCUCUGCCCCAAUGGCCUCUACGCUGGGCCCAGGCCUGCAGAGCACUGCAGCAGCCCAACAAAUGAAGAGGCGGCUAGGAGCAGAGUCAAGAAUCGCAACUUAGCCCAGUGGUGUGAGCCCAUCGUCUCUCCUCAGGAAGCUAAGGAAAGAGGACUGCUGUUGAUUUCUACCCAGCCUGGGCUACACAACCAGUUCCAGGACAGCCUGGGCAACAUAAGACCCAAUUUCAAAAAUAAAUAGUACUUAACCCCCAAAUCACCUCCCUCACUAAAGCAUUUGAAAGAAAGUA